GAACUACAAUUUAACUGUCAACUUAGAACCAAAACCAAACUCAAAAAACGAAACAUUUUGAAUAUGAAUAUCUUUGGUUAUACAUAUGUAUAUGGUUAAUUUCGAUGUAAGGUUUGACUAAUAAAUUAUUUAAAUAUUAUGAAUUGAUUGAAAAUAAUAAAAAAAUUCAAAUUUUAACAAAAAUAAUAAUGUAACGAAUAAUGAUGCACAAAAAUCUGAUUAUAUUGUGUCCAGAAAUCAAAGUAACAUCAAAGAGAUUUCUUUCAUGCGAAAAUAUUAGUGAAAAAAAUCCACCAAAGAAACACAAAGCCAAUACAGCAAUUAGUAUAACAAAUAUGAAUCAACAGACAUCACCUCAUAAAGAAUUUAUUUCCCUUUCUGAAAAAAUGAGGCCUAUAUGCCUUGAUGACUAUGUAGGACAAGAAAAAGUUAUUGGACCUCGUACAGUAUUAAAACAAUUAUUAAUGAAGGGACAUGUUCCUAGCAUGAUAUUUUGGGGUCCGCCAGGAUGUGGAAAGACAUCUCUAACUAAUGUUAUAUUAAAGCUGAGUAAAGAAAUACAUGGAAACAAAGUGCAUGUUAUAAAUCUUUCUGCAACAUCUUCUGGUGUGAGUAAUAUUCGAAAUAUUGUUAAUACAUCAAAAACAAAAUCAAUAAACAAUCAAAUCAUUAUAUUUAUGGAUGAAAUACAUCAUUUUAAUAAAUUGCAACAAGAUAUUUUUUUACCACACAUUGAAGCAGGCACAUUUACAUUAAUUGGCACAACUACAGAGAAUCCAUCUUAUAGUUUAAAUUCUGCUUUGCUAAGUAGAUGUCGUGUAUUUGCUUUAAAUAAAUUAACAGUACCAAAUAUUAUGGAAAUUCUUUGUAAAGCAGUUUCAUUUAUUAAUGGGGAAAUACAUAAUUCUCCACAAUCAACUAAUUUAAGAAAUAUUUUAAACAAUAGUUCCAAAGCACGUUUUUCAAUUAAUAAGAUGGUACUUAAUUGGUUAGCAGAGAUAUGUGAUGGAGAUGCACGUGUUGCAUUAAAUAGUUUGGAAUUGGCAGUUAAAAAUAAAAUAUCAUAUGAGAUAAAUCCUGUUUCAAUAACUCUCGAAGAUGUUAAAGAAAGUCUCAAACAAGUACAUACAUUAUCUGAUAAACAAAACAAUAAUAUUCAUCAUUUAUACUCUGCUUUACACAAAUCGAUAAGAGUUGGAAAACAAAAUGCAUCUUUAUAUUGGUUGGCACGGAUUAUGGCAGUUAAAGAAGAUCCAGUGAAUAUAGCAAGAAGAUUAAUAAGAAUAGCAAGUGAAGAUAUUGGUUUAGCGGACCUUGAUGCUUUAGGCAUAGCUGUUCAUACUACUUAUGGAUGCCAAAUGAUUGGAAUGCCAGAAUGUGAUGUGAUUUUAGCACAGUGUGUUGUAUAUUUAACUAGAGCACCAAAAUCUCAACUGAUAUAUAAUGCUUUUAAAUCUGCUGAAAACAUAAUUGCAAAAUACGAAGGUCCACAACCUGCAGUACCAUUACAUAUCAGAGAUAAAUCAAAACAAGAAAAACUUAGUUAUAUUUUUGGACAACAUAAAGAAAAUUCAUUUCAUAAAGAAAAAAUUAGUACUUACUUACCAUUUGGCUUGCAGAAUGUCAACUUCUUCUUGGAAUGUUGAAUUCUCUGUUCUAUUGAAGAUACUUGUUUUACCUACGCAAGACAAUUGAACAACAAUUUAAAAUUUGCAUAAUUUACAAAAAAAAUUACGACUCACCUUACAAACAGACAUCAACAUUAUGACACCAUCGUAUGACACAGCCAAAUUAAAUUGAAAUUAUUUAUCUGAAGUUAAUAGAGAAACAAGAAUAACAAUUUUCAAAGGAUAAAAAGUUACAAUUUGCAGCUUUAACGAAAAGAUUUUCGAACAAAACUCAACGUGACCACCUCGUCCGAACACGUUUGAAUUAAGUAGAUGCACCGCCUAACGAUCGACCAAUCAGAUUGACUGAAGAAAUUAGCAAGAAAAUUGGCCAAUCAAAUUCAAAUGAAGAAGUUA